AUGGUUCUUAUAAAUCACUGCAAUAAUUCUAACAACAAUACUACAAAUAAUGGCGAUUUAUUAUUAUCUGCUUCUUCGGGACGGCCAUUGCCACCAAAUUGGGAAAUCUCAUACACUGAGAAUGGCGAAAAGUUUUUCAUUGAUCACAACACCGGCACGACAACAUGGGACGAUCCACGGGAAUCAAUAUCUACAACUCCCGCUACUUUAACUGCUGCUGAUUUUUAUGGAUGCGAUAUUGAAGAAACAAAUGUUGACAUUAAUGGAACAUUUUUUUAUGAGCAUGGAAAUCGACCACAAUUACAACAACAACACAGCACAGAACGUCCAUCCACUUUGGGCCCUUUUAACAAUAAUUCUGCUUCAAUUACAAAACAACCAUUGCCUUAUGAAACAGUCCAGUAUUUGCAUGCUGCUAGCACUUCAAAUGCUUCCUGUGAGGAAAUUAAAGAUAUGUACGGCAAUAAUAAUAAAAACGGUUCUUCUCAACAACAAUUUUGGAUGAAACGUACUAAUGGUGUUGAACCUCCUUCUAGAGAAAGCAAUGGAUGUUCUAUGCAACAACAGCACCCUGGAUUUAUCUUGCCACCAAACUUUUCUAUUUUCACUCGUAAUCCUGCCGAAUUAAUUGGUCAAAUAAUUAAUGUUCGCAUACAAAAAGGCUCAAAAGGAUUAGGUUUGUCGCUAAUUGGUCAGGAUGGGACUCAUAUACGUGAUGAAUUUAUUCAAAUCAAAACAAUCAUUCCAGAAAGUCCUGCAUAUGCUGAAGGUACUCUUCGAUCUGGAGAUGUUCUUGUCUAUGUUAAUCAGCACUGUAUGCUAGGAGCUAGUCAAGACGAUGCUUGCCAACUUUUCCGUUCAAUUCCUAUUGGUGAAGUUGUCCGUAUUCAAGUUUGUCGUGGAUAUCCAUUACAAUUAGAUCCGACUAAUCGAAUUUUCACGGAAAAUGUUUACGCGCAACACCAACAAAAGGCAAAUUCCUCUUCAAACAUAUUGAGGCCUUCGAGAGAAAAUAUUGAAAUUGAAAUAUGUAAGGGUCCUAAUGGUUUUGGAUUUACUGUUUAUGAUGAUGCUUUAGGGCAAAGAAUAAAAAAUAUUGCAUAUCCAGAUCAAUGUCCAAACUUGCUUGAGGGGGAUACUAUUGUUGAGGUUAAUGGCCAAAAUGUUCGUUCUCUUCCACAUCCACAACUUGUACAAAUGCUACAAAAUUUCCCAAUUGGUUAUCGUUGUAAAAUGAGAAUUCUGAGGAGGGCUCAGAAGCAACGAUCUCGAACGCCAACGGCAGGAUUUCGCUAUGGUUAUCGUGGUGGUGAUGUUGCUUCAGUAACAGAACAAUUACAGCAAAUGCACCCAAAUUGGUCUGCGCCAAAUAGUGGAAAUCAACAGCAGCAACACCAAAAGGAACCAAUAAAUCCGGGUGCUGAUGCAAAUAUGGACUAUCAUUGGAAUUGUAUGACAUUACCCAGGUCGACAAAUAAAAAUCAACAAAUUCAACAACAACAACCAAUUCAGCAGCAUCAACAACUUCCGUCCAAUAACAACCUUUCAAUGAAUCAAUUUAUAAUGGAAAAUCGUCCACAACAACAACGAAUCCGUCCAUCUUCGUCAACUAUGGAAUUUGGGAAUGCUGUGAAUUCGAAUGGUCAUUUUGCAAUGCAAUCUGAAAGAGUAGUGGUUAAUUUAUUAAGUCAAUCAAAUGGUUUUGGUUUUCAUUUACACGGAGGAGCUGAUAAUCAACCUCUUCUAAUUGGUUCAGUAAUCCCUGGAGGAGCGGCGGAUUUAGAUGGUCGUAUGCGUGUUGGUGACCAAAUUAUUGAAAUCGACGGGGAAACGACUUUGGCAAUGCAACAUAAGCAAGCUGUUGAACUUAUUAGACAGGCUUCUACUGUUGGCGCGGUUAAGCUAACUUUACUCAGACAUCGUUCACCUCCUCCUAUUGCAGAGGAGAAUUUUGGGCAGUUACGUAGAAAUGGCUCCGCUUCUGCAAUUUAUGCUGCUAGAGUUCCAUACGAUGUAAAAUUAAUUAAAAUGGAGAAUGAGACAGAUUUUGGUUGUACAAUCGUUUCACAUAAGUAUCGCUACAUUGUUUCUCUUACACCCAACAGUCCAGCAGGUCGUUGUGGUCAACUUCGAGUAGGUGAUUGUGUUGUGGCAAUUAAUGGGAUGUCGGCUGACAUGAUGAGUCAUCAGCAAAUGCAACAAGAAAUUAGUUCUUCUGGGGCAUCUUUAGUUUUAACAAUUGAUCCAGCAAAGCGAAUAGAAGAAGAAGAUGGAAUAUCAGGAAGAAAUAUUCCUUCAAAUUAUAUUCAGAUGGGUGGCGGCAAUGGCAUUCAGCAACUUCAAAAGCAAAAUGAUUCCCAUCAAUCCUCACCAUAUUCUACACUUAUUUCUGUUCAUCUUAAACGUUCUGAUCGUGGUUUUGGUUUCUCAAUUCGUGGUGGUUCUGAGUUUUGUAUGGCUCUAUUUAUAUUGCGUAUAGCUGAUGAGGGGCCAGCCGCUUUUAGUGCUAUGCAGAUUGGGGAUCAACUAAUGAAAAUUGAUGGAGAAUCAACCGAGAAUAUGACACAUCAACGAGCAAUAACACUCAUCAAGGAGCGUCAAGAGGUUGAUUUACUACUUAGGCGAGAGAAAAUUUGA